AUGGUUUUAUUUUUAUACGAAAAUUUUUUAGAUUCUUUAAGAUGGUGCGAAAGUUGGAGGGAUCCUCAACAUAUUUUAUUUCAUUUGGCAAACGUUUGUUUUUUUAUUUCUUAUGCGGCUCCGAGUAAUCGUGUCGGUCUUGUCACAAUGCAUUCCUUAUUAGUUUUAGGUAAUAUUUUCUCUCAUUUAUUAUUAUUAUUAUCUUUAUAUGGUAAUUUAACGCUUUGUGUAAAUCUAUUAAAGGUUUCAUGUUGUUUUCCGGUUGGGCAUGGAAUAUCGUUUGUG